CGAAAGAAUGUAUGACAUCAUCUAAAAGAAAUUUCAAAAAUGAGACGCUUUAAAAAAAUAGUUCCUGGAACUCUCAGCGUCGCAUUCCAAUAUCUCACGUGAUCCGACUCGCGGUAUCACGCGCGAAAUAUUAUUUUCAAAAACCUGAAAAACUCGACACUCAAUAAUUACCGAAUUAUACCACUCUGGUAAUAAUUCUAUUUUCCAUAGUCAUUUAAUAAUUCUAUAAAUAACUUUGAUUACCCAUAAGAUAUUAAUUAAUCAAAUGGUUUGACCUUGUCUGUUUACGGCUUCUCCGCUUCAGACUAUAAUCCUGAAAAUUGCUAUGUCAUUUAAACAUUGUAUAAAUAAAUAUUGUUUAUAUAGCUGAACUAUAAAACCUCUUCAAGGUGGCUAAUAAAACUAUUUUUAACCUUGUGGCUUCACCACAUAAAUAAAAUGCUAUUAAAUUAAUUAUCAUUUAUUUAAAUAAAUAAUGGAGCAUUGAAACCGAUUCGUCGGAAAAUAUCAAGAACCCGUGCACGUGAUCAUAGCAUGCGCACAGUUACCAGGAAUCUGUAAAUGUAAGCCCUUCUGGCAUCAAACAUAAAAUAAUAUUAAUUUAAAAUCUGUUUAAAUAAUUAUAUAAGCCCUUCUGGCCGGCAGACCUGGUAAAAUGGAACUCCGGUUCUAGUACAGUCAUUAAAACUGUCCAGAUCGUAUAAUGAUCUAUAAAAUGUAAGUCAUCUUUGAUUAUUUAAAAUCAAGUCAUAAGUUAUCAUGUAUCAGAGACUAGAUAACAAAUUAAAAAAAAAAAGAAAACGAACAUCAAUCUCUGAAAAACCACGAAUUUACCUACUUGACGCAACGCUCACUAAAGUUUAUAAUAAAUAAAAUAAAAUAAAUGUUGAAUUAAAAUUCUCUAAAAAGUAAAUUCCGCGAAUUGUAUCAAAAAAGUAGUUGAGAACCGUUUAAUAUAAUUUGGUAUAUUAAAUCAUUAGCCAAAUUAUAAUUGACAGACUAUACACUGACCCUCCGCUUCUCACCUGACGUGACGUCACGAUCACAGAUCAAGCGCGUCGCGGCCACCACCUCAUAUUCUGACCUGACGCCAUACAGUACAUAUCGUAUUCAGAAGCACCUGUCUUUCAUAACUUUACUCAUUCUCUAUAAUCGCAACAAGCUCCCCUGAGCAAUAGUAUAUCAACUAACGAACAACAUUUAUAAACUUUUGUGACCUGGUUUUUGCUGCUAUAAUCGUAAGUACGAAUUAAACAUAUAUUUAAAUUCGUGAACUGGGAUAACUCUCAGGAACACCUGUAUCAAUCCAUGGUGUAUAAUUUUGUAUUUCUUCUAUAUUUAUUCAACUAACCGCCCAGCGGCUAUUUGAACAGAUAUAAUGAUGACCGACUAAAAUAAACCCUUUGGAAAAAGGAGAGUCGAGAAACAAAACUGGAGCAAUAUUUAAUUACUCCAGGAAGACAUUAAACUCAUAUAUUAAAACAUACCAGCUAUAAAUAAAAUCUGAUACCAUCUAAUAACUACCUCAAAGUACCUGUAAAAUCUUUGAGGGAUAAUAACGAAAAAUUAUAUCAUAAAACAUUUUAUUACUCAGUAAAAACCUGAGCACUAAUUAAUAAAAAUAUAAACAACAAAACACCGAUAUCAGAUUUAAAAACAUUUAUAAUCAAAAUUAUAAAAUAUAAAACCUGAAAGAAAAAUCGUGAACAUAUUAAGUGCUAUUUUUCGAUAUCUUACAGAUAACAAGAAACCUGCAAAAAGGAAACGUUGUUCCGGAAACGGAAGUCAAUAAUCAGAGCAGCCCUGUAACAGCGAUACUUCCCGCGGACCGGCUCAGCGUACGUGAAUACUUUCUCAGACACACACAUACAGCCAAGCAGCAGUAGUACAGUCGCUUCAAAGUAUAGCGACCCCAGCGAAAGCGAAAGUAACGUAUAAUCGUGAGCGCGCAUGCUCCACAGUUAGCGCGCCAAUCAUCGACUCCCGCUUCCCCUGUGUCCGCCUAUAUCCAAUAAAAGUAAGAGUAUUCAUACCAUCCUUUGCUAUCCUAACUCGAAUUGCAACUAAUCGAUACUAUAGCUAUAUCUAUUACUCUAUACGCUAUAUCACACUUAACGUAUCUACCGGCAUACAACAAUAUUAUAAACUGCGUUCUAUUUGUUACAACGAAUAAUUUAGUAUUAAAAGAAAACGCUUACGUUAAAUAUUAUCAUUUAAAUAUUAUUAACUAUCAUAUAAAAUAAUUAAAUAUUAUAAUCCUUCUGAUUAUAAUUUAUUAUCACCAGGUAACAAUUAUUAUACUCAUCACGUGGGUCUAAUCUACCAUUCGUUUAUAUCUAAUUUAUUCAUUCAAUUUAACAGAUUCUAUAACCUGGACUACUUAUCUAAUAUUUAAAUAUUAUUUACCUGCAAAAAAAAAAUACAUUUGAAAAAAAAAUAAUAUAUACACAAUCAUAAAAUAACCUGUAUAACCUGUAAGUAUGCAAGCUAUCACUACAUAAAUGGUAGCCGAAUUUCAUAUCUCUUUUACUAUUUGAUAAAAAGAAAAUAAAAUAAAUAAUAACUUCUAUUCGGCUAUUACUGAGAUAACAACACGCGAAAAUAAAAUUCAUACCGCGGGAAAAUACACUCGUAACUAAAACGUAUAAUUUUAAUUGAUGAUACCACUUAAUACUACGUGACCAGAAUAACAAACGCAACCGGACAACUUAUUCUACAAUAACUAAAUAAACAAACCCAACCGGUGUAUUGAUAAUAAAAUAAAAAUAAAAAUAUCAUAACUUAUCGUCGACUGAACACCGCGUGACCUAUUUUAUAAAUAUGGGGCAUCGUCAAAAUCCACCUAACGAGAUGAAUCGCGAUCUUAACGAUCCUUACAACGCAGACAACGCGAUAAAUAAUUUGCAAUUUCCUAUCGACGCGGAUGUACAAGUAAUCGCGAAUGACCAAGGACAGAUAACACCAAAUGGGCGCGAACAACGAACUUUAUCAUCAUCAAUACCUUCUCCAUUCGACCUCCACAACCUGACGACUGUCAUUGACCGACGAUUCCUAUCUAAUGACGCCAUUAUACAACAAAUGAGCAUACAAAUAGACGAAUGCAUAAGGGGCCAUCAUGACUCCCAAAGACAGAUACGACACUUACAGACAAAUAUGGAAGAAGUACGACAAAGCCUGACUUUACUAAGUAACCACAUAAAAGAAACUAACCAAACUGUCGGCUUGUACGCUCGAUGUACUACUUACAUGUUAAAGAGAGCGCGUACUCGUGGAGAUUUAGGACUCGAAGACCUUCGACUCCUGGAAGACUUAAAUCCAAAAAAAUUACCUGACAUAAAUGCAAACCCUGCAGACCUUACCGCAGAAAUUAUUCGAGAAAUUACAAAUGCAGCCGCAUGUACUGCUCAACCUGCUUCACAUUUACAUGGUCCUCCACCACUACCAUCAUCUCCUCGUCCUUCCAUGCCGAACGCUAACUCCAGCUACCACCAACCUCUCCGAAUCGACUGCCCUCAUGGAACAGCCGGUCAAUCAAUGCAUGGGACGGAAUAUAACAGCCAACGAAGCUUCGCUAAAAAUGUAGCUGCCGCUGAAGCUAUCAUGAGUCAGCGUGGACUCACAUAUCCCAGCACCACUUUAAAAGCCCGGGAAUAUUUACGAGCCCUGACCGACUUCGGGAAAGAAAUGGGCUUAACCGAAUCAGAGCACCUGACACUGGCUAAAACAGCCAUGUACCAAGCUGAAGGACACUGGGUGAGACAGUAUCAACAUUCCUGGCACUGCUGGGAAGACUUUGCUAAAUCUUACACCGAAUAUUUUACAUCGGGGAAAACUGACUUAGACAUAAGUCAAGAAAUCAUGACCACGUACCAACAACACCGUGAAGACCCUAAAACGUUCAUCAAAGAAGCUAUGAUGAAAUAUCAAGAGAUGAACAAAGCACCAUCAGAAGAAGAGCAAGUUCUUGUGAUCAGAGCUCGCUUAUCAUAUGAAAUCCAGUCUCAACUUGACUCUCUGGCUCCUCACACCAAAACCUAUUCACAAUUAAACUCAGCCGUGAGAACAGCUGUACAACGAUUAGCUCAGAGAGCCAAAGCCGCUGCAGAGACCAGAAAACCUGCAACAUACACCAAAAGAUCAUAUGAAGGAGUACCUUCAUCUGACUCAGAAGACUCGGAAAUUUGUUAAUAAAUGUAAAACCUGUCUUCUACAUAAACCUGGCACAAACCCACCAAAUAUUCCUGAAAGUCACCGACCUAUUACCGAACCUUGGGAGUGUGUAUCGAUUGACACCAUCGGACCGUUACCGCGUUCAACUCACGAUAAAACGUAUUUAUUUGUACUACGCGACGUGUAUACACGCUACCUAGAAUUAAAAUCGACAUCAGAACUGACCUACGCUUAUAACACCUCAAUCCACAGCUCCCUUGCAUGCAGUCCCGCCUUCCUUAAUUUUGGCAGAGACCUCAGAUACCUUAAACUGCAUCGCGAUAUAUCAUUACUACCUGAAAUUGAUAAAUCUGUGGAGCGCGAGCGACUCAUAAAUUUAUUAGAUGAAAUUCGACACUUUGUUGAAUUAAAAAUGUUAAAAGCACAAGAUGCGCAAACUACCGCGCGAAAAUCUCCGCGACCUGAAACUAAUUUAACCGUCGGCGCGGAAGUCUAUAUAAAAUCAAAAACUCUGAGUCGGAAAGCGGAAGGAAUCGCUGGUAAGCUCGUUCCACCUAGAAAGGGACCCUUUUUUAUAAAUAAAUUUAUAUCAUCAAGCAUGGCUACUGUUUGUGAUGAAAAUAAUAAAAUUAUUGGCACUUAUAAAUUGUCAGAUUUAAAAGUGCCUAGAAGAUCAACACGUCACACUUGAGUAAUUAAUAUAUUAUUAUAAUUUCACAGAAUCGACCACCUGAACUGCACCAAGGGGCGAGACACUUCACAACCUGUGCCAUCAUCGAACGAGAGACCUCAUUGUAAGCCGACCAAACCUGAAAAAUGACUGAAGAAAGAGCACAUCAAUCCAGCCUACGACGUUAUUGGAGUAACCCCGUGUUCAAGGCACCUGCAUUUAUCGGUCCCAAUAUACCAACUACUCCAAAUCUAUUAUAUCGAUUUCAUGUAACCAGGGACCAUCGGCGUACUAUCGUAUACGAUCAACCUGACAGUAAAUUGGUUGAAAUCAGCGAUAUAUCCUUCAAACCAGUGCCAAAACCAGCCAUUAUCACAACAUUACCUGACUUUACAAGGGUACCGUUUAUCGUACCACUAACAAUCAAAAUUGGAGAAUCUACGCACGAGAGCCAAUAUGACCUGCGUGACACUGUAUCGGAAGACACCUGGAGAACCUAUUGGCGAGAAUUAUGCCAAAAGGUUGAAGCAUUACCACCUACUACUAGAACAGUGGGAACUCAAACAGCCGAGACCAGACUAUCAUCUGUUCCUGGAUCAACGGGGUGUCUCAGAUGUAAAAGAAAGGGACAUUCCCAUCAAGAAUGUCCCAAUGCUAAAUUUGGAGACGAUUAUUGUACCAGUUGUCUACGAGUAGGACACAACAACAACUCCUGCCCAUAUCUAUCAUCAUCAUCUGCUGGUUUUGAACUAAUGAAAGAAUUUUGUCUAUCAUGCAAGACACAGCAUCCAUAUUUUGACCCUAAAUGCAGAGCCUGUAGAACUCGGGUUAACUUGAGCCGAGAAGACAGAGGAGCAGUGGACAUCUUACCACCCUAAUCACAAUCACCUGCAUCAAACCAAGUGUCUCGCACCUGAGGUAACACGUUCAGUGAGUUUAUUAUUACUUUUAUGUUUUAAUUUCAACAUCCUCUAUUCUCUGGGCUUCACCCAAAACUUAAAAGAAAAAAAAGAGGAGAGAUGUAUUAUUAUUUCAAAAAAAAAAAAAAAAUUAUUAUUUAUCAACUCAUUUAGUUACUCAAGUUUUCUUUGAAAAAAAAAAAAAGAAAAAAAUCUUUUAUUAUUUAUUUUUCUUUUGAUUACUGAAGCCCUAAUUUUGAAAAAAAAAGUUCUUAUAUUAUUAUUUUAUUUAUUUACUCAAGUUUUCUUUUGCAAAAUAUCUGUUUUUAUACCUCAGAAUGCGAAAUGACCUACAUUUAAUUACCGAUCUAAACACUAUUCAUAUCAUUACCGAUAUUAUCAAGAAAAAAAAGAGAAAAAUAUAUCAUAAAUAACAAAGUAUAAUAUAUAAUACCAAAUAAAUAUAUUUAUGAUGUUGAAAUAAAUUUAAGACUGUUUAAAAUAACGCAUAAAAUAGAGUUUAUAAAUGUUAAAAAAAAAAAAAAAAAAAUGAAGAGAAAGAUAUAAAUAAUAUUACAUUAAAUCAUUUAUUAUUAAGGUAACAUUUAGUUUACAAAUGAAUGAAUAUUUUUAUAUCGAGACAUUAAGUUAAGCAUAUGAUAAUUUAUUAAGACUCAAUUAUUAUUUAAUUUUAAAAAGAAAAAGGAUAUUAAUGAAUCCUAAGAUUAAAUAACCAAAUAUCUUCAUACCGGGAUUACCUGAAAUUUAUUGUAACUCGUUUAUUAUUUUGUAUUCUUACUUUUAUUUUGUUUAAAAAAAGGAUAUUAAUGAAUCAUGCAAGUAUUACCUGAUAUACAAUGUAUUAAGUACUAAGUGACAUUGCAAUUAAUUAUUGUUAACUAUCUUUAAUUUAUGUUUGAUAAUAAUUAAUUAUUUAAUUUAUCUUGCUAUUAUUUACAGACUGAUUGUACGUAAUCGCCUAUCAUCAUGGUACUUUUUAAAUUGCUUUCGACUGAAAGUCACUGAGUAACUUCCAGUCUGGCCCGGGGGUGUAACGAGGUUUAUGAGAACCCUCAUUAUCGCACCAUGAUAAUAGGCCGUUACCUAGGGUAGCUACCUGGUUUACCCGCCGAACUGUAUUGAAUUAUUAUUAUUAUUUAAUAAUCCCUCUCCAUUUGAAUUAUAAAUGGAAGGGAUGCGCAUCACGUCGACGCAUGAGCAUCGACGUGAAUCUAUAAGAAGGCCUGCGCGCCGUUAAUUAUGCAGCUUUUCUCUUUUUCUCAACUUUACCAUUACUAUGGAUUUAUAAUAAAUACUGUUUAUUCUUUUAACCUUUUCUUUUAACUUUUACUUACCUGUCUACGACUAAGUAUUCAGUAGUAUUUAAGUAUACUUUUUAAUUGCUCAAAUAAUCAUUAACUUCAAUGAUUAUUCUCUCGUAGAACUACCUACACUUCCUAGCCUACAUACCUUUCCUGUAGAAGACGGCAACCCCGUAAGAUGUAUACCUGCUACAUCCUUUUCCUACGAUACCUGCUCGUAGAAGCGUGUACCUGCCACGUCCUUUUCCCGCAAUACCUGCUUGUGGAAGCGCGUACCUGCCGCGACAUUUGCCUACAAUACCUGCUUGUAGAGGUGCAUACCUGCUGCACUCCUUUCCUACGAUACCUGCUCGUAGAAGCGUGUACCUGCCACGAUCUCAUCCCACAAUACCUGCUUGUGGAAGCGCGUACCUGCCGCGAUUUACCCUGUAAUACCUGCUUACAGAAGCGCGUACCUGCCGCGAUCCUUAUCUACAAUAACUGCUUGUAGCUACACCAGACAAUUGUGAUACAGAGCUCACAAUUGUCUUAAUUAUUUAUUGCUCUCAAUCACCAACACCAGUGAAUCAACACCUCACAGAAACAACUUAUUGAACUGUGUUUUGCUGACCGGAUGAAUCCUGUCGCCGUAACACCGGAAUUCAGUGACAUCACUACGGAAAUUAUUAAAAAUCAGGAUAUAGACUCGUCAGUCAUCAUGAUCAAUAGUGACUUAAAAUCUAAUCUGCCGAAAUACUAUCCGAAAUUACAAUCGAACACAUAUUUUCCGGCCUAUCCAACGUACAUUAUAUCAGAUGAAUCGAUCGACAUAAUAAAAGCUAUUCAGUCUUAUCCCAUAAAAGAAUCCAUUAUGUGGAACAUCCUCUCGCUGCAUUUGAUAAUUGGGAAAAACUGCGGAAACGCGUCUCAAGCGUUGCAAGCGGCCUGGAAAGUAAAUGCGAUCACGUCUUUUUUCAUCUGUCGUAACGAGUCCAGUGACCACUCGACCAUCUACACUUAUAAUCCAUACACAAACCGGGCACCGAAACGUUGGAUUCCAGUCAGGAUCACCGACAAGCCAAACGAUAGAUGGACGCUGUACAAACAGCACUUCGUUAACGACGCAAAAAUUUGCAAAAGCUUGAAAUUCGACAAAUCCGAGUUCUUAGACGGCUAUCCAAUAAUAGGGCAUGUAAUGAGUACAAGCAAGAGAAAAGACAAAUCCAACAAUACUUUAGCUUUUGACGGUCUAAAAGAAAAUACGUGUCUAUUCUACGAGAAUAUAUUUUCGGCCUUAAAUAUAACGCCGGUUCUUGAUAAGUAUGAUAAUAUUCGGGGACUUUCGAAAACAAUUGGUAAUGAUUCAUACGAUAUAGUAGUACAUAAUCCUCAGAUAUUGUAUCAAUUUGACAAAUAUAAGUUUGGAGAUCCAAUGGCUUUAUACCAAGAAGGUGGUUUUAUUAUAGUCACACAGAAACAAAGUACAAUAUCGGUAUUAGAGCAAGUGGCCGACAUUUUUUUCACCAAACACAAUAUAAUAAUGUCGUCUGUUAUUCUGAUUGUUAUAUUUUUCAUGAUUUUUCUAAAUCACCGUUACGACUUUUUCUUAGCUGCUUUAGAUCUCUUGGCACUGAUUCUUAACAUGGGAAUAUCGGCUCCCAUCGAUAGGAUGUCAAUGCGCAUCACUUUCGUGACCGCGGCUAUGUUUGUAUUUUUUUUCAAUCCGGAGUUGCAGGGACAACUUACUUCGGCUUUGUCUAGACCUGCGCGUAAAAAUGUUGACACAUUAGAAGACUUACGUGACGGCAAAUAUAUCACUUAUGUUUACACGAGAAAUAUUUAUUAUAAUUUGAAAGACAGUCAAGUAUGGCCAGAUGGCGAUUUUAAAAAAUAUGUCCAUGCUGUCCCUAGUUAUCGUCGCUGCCUGGAAGAGGUUGUGAAAAAUUCUUCACUUGCUUGCAUUAUCGACCAUAGUGCGUUCAAAGACAUUGAUAGCACCCUAUAUCUAUCCAAAGAGUUAUGGAAAUCCUACAACGUUUUUGCGCUCCGAAAGACGUGGCCGCUAAAAAAUAAGAUCGAUCACAUAGCCCUAAAAAUGUCCGAGGCCGGUUUCACGAGUUACCUGGAAAGACGCAAUUACUUUAGAAAGUACUUGAUAAAAAAAAAAAUACUUGAUCGAAUCAAGAGACGUGAAGAAAAUGACCAAUUAGAUCUAGAGGAUUUUAAUUUCUUUUUGUUAUGCAAUGCACUUUGUGUUCUUUUGCUGGUUUCGAUUCUUGUGAUUGAACUGAUUAUUAAAAAAAUUCAUGACUAUCAUAAAAGACGUUUGCGCGAAUUAGAGUUGAGGAAAUUGAAGGUCAGUAGAAAAAUUGCGGAGAUCGUUAGGCGGAUUGCGAUCGUCACGGAACAAAUUUAAUUCGUUUUACUGUCGCGUGCGCUGUGUGACUUUGACAUUUGAAAUAACAUUAAAAAGUAAACUUUAUCCAUAUAAAUAUGGAACUAUUUUGACAACUAUGCACAGAUAAAAAGGAUUUCCUGGCGCGAAAAAUUUUUACUUACCCCAAUAAAUUUCUUGCAUUAUGAUUUAAAACCAAAAAUUUUUUUGGGACAAGAAAUUCUUUCUUUUUUUGUAUAGGAUCUAAUUUAUCAUUCGAUGUAAAAUAAAAAUCUAUUAGAUGUUGAAUAUUAAAAUGAACAAAAUUAAUUUUUAAAUAGGACCUCGUUAUAAAACUAUUAGUUUUUCUCUCAAACUAUCGUGACACCUGGUUUAUAAAAGAGACAGAAUGAUAGUCUUAUACCGAGGUCAUUUAUUUCUCCCGCAAUAUCUCGUGAAUGAAUCAACCGAUUUCGAUGGUUGACGCGUCAAUCGACGUGUUUUAUUAAGUUCUAAGGCUGAUCAACUUUUGAAAUUGAUGUAUUGAGUCGUUUUUGAGAAAUUUAAAAAAAACCAAAAAAAAAUUUUUUUUAAUUCUUUCGUCAACGGUUCCUCUUGAACGAAUGAACCGAUUUCGGUGGUUGAGGUAGCAUUCGACGCGGCUUAUAAAGUUUUAGAGCUGAUUAGAUUUUGGAAUCAAUCCAUCGAGCAAAAUAAAAGUUAUCCAAAUAAUACAUUUUUGAAAAAAUUUUAUUUUUAAAAUAUCUCCGAACGCACCCUACCGAUUAAGCUCAAAUUUUUUACAGCUCCAAGAUAUUAACAAACCGCGUCGAAUGACACCUCAAAGAUCAAAAUCGGUUCAUCCGUUCAAGAGUUAUGAAUAUUUAGAUACGUACGUACGUACACACAUACAUACACUCGGACAUCAUCGUGAAAUUAGUCAGGAUAGCUUCCUAGAUCUUCAAAACGUCAAAAUCUGAUAGAAAUUCGGUUUUUGCAAAUCGGACCGAAACCAAUAACUUCCCGAAUUUUUGAAAAUUUUCGAUUUUCUUAGCAGGAAGUUAAAAUUUUUUUUUUCGUAAUUUGCCAAUAUUUUCGAGUCUACAUCAUCAAAUGAUCUGAAAUUUUCAGGAAAUUUGAUGGCCAACAACUCUUUCGAUUGCCACCUUAAGGUAGUUGUUUCGAGGUAGUCACGUUCAAAAGUAUAGCAUACCAAAUUAAAAAAACAGUAUAACUGAAGUGGUUAGUUCAACGCUCCUCAUUAGAAACUUUUGUAAAAGUACAGUCAUAUUGCUCUGACAUACACCCAAGUAGUGGCAAAACGUUUAUAUACACAUACAUCCAUAAUAUUUGAGAAGUGAUUGUAACAACACUGUUCACUGUUACUGGGCAUACACACGUU